CUGUGUCUGCAGCGCAGCCCGGCGGGGGCACUGUGACCCGGAGCGGGUGUGUGCCCGUUGUGUGCCCGGUUUCGGGAUGAUGCUGAGCCGCCUCAUGAGCGGAAGCAACCGCAGUCUGGACCUCCCGUGUGUGUGCACCGUGCGGCUGCUGGACGACUCGGAGUAUACGUGUAACGUGCAGAGAGAUGCGAAAGGGCAGCACCUGUUCGACCUUCUGUGCCACCAUCUGAAUCUGCUGGAGAAAGAUUACUUUGGAAUCCGCUAUGUAGAUCCCGACAAGCAGAGGCACUGGUUGGAGUUUUCCAAAGGAAUCGCCAAACAAAUGAGAUCUCGCCCUCCAUUCAUCAUGUGCUUCCGUGUAAAGUUCUAUCCUCCAGACCCAGCGGCUCUAAAAGAAGAAAUCACCAGGUAUAUGGUUUUCCUGCAAGUGAAGAGAGAUUUGUACCACGGGCGGUUGCUGUGCAAGACGUCUGAUGCGGCUUUGCUGGCGGCGUACAUCUUACAAGCAGAGAUCGGUGAUUAUGAUCCCGGAAAACACCCCGAGGGAUAUAGUUCCAAGUUCCAGUUCCUCCCUAAACACUCCGAGAAGCUGGAGCGACGGAUUGCUGAGAUUCACAGGAACGAGCUCAGUGGCUUGACCCCGGCCGCGUCAGAGCUGUGUUUUCUGAGGAAGGCCCAGACCCUGGAGACGUAUGGAGUGGACCCCCAUCCUUGUAAGGAUGUCUCUGGAAAUUCUGCAUUUUUGGCCUUUACUCCUUUUGGCUUUAUCGUGUUGCAGGGGAAUAAGAGGGUCCACUUUAUAAAAUGGGGCGAUGCCACAAAAAUGAAAUUUGAAGGAAAAACAUUUCAUUUAUAUGUGAGAGAGAAGGAGGAGAAGCGCCUUGUGUUGACCUUCCUCGCUCCCACUCCGGAGGCCUGCAAACACUUGUGGAAGUGCGGCGUGGAGAACCAGUCAUUCUACAAAUUGGAGAACUCCAACCAGGUCCGUACCGUCUCCAGCAGUAAUCUGUUCUUCAAGGGAAGCCGCUUCCGGUACAGCGGACGAGUCGCCAAAGAAGUGAUGGAAUCCAGUGCAAAAAUCAAGAGGGAUCCGCCCGAGAUCCACAGGGCGGGGAUGGUGCCGAGUCGCAGUUGCCCCUCCAUCAGCCAUGGACUGCGGUUGAGUAGCGUUCCGCGGACCCGCAGGAGAGCCGUUCACAUCUCCAUCAUGGAAGGUCUGGAGUCUCUUCGUGACAGCGCCCACUCCACCCCGGUGCGUUUCUCGGACCACAUCGAUAUUUUGACUCCUCGGGGAUCCCGCGAGAUGGUGUUCAGCGACGAGGCGUACACUCCGUGCUGCAGCAUCCUCCCAACCCCCGUGCGCGAGUCCAACCAGGACUUAUCCAUCGGCCAGCAAGUGAACGGAACCACGUGUGCCACCAAGGAUGAGGAGAGCGAGCUCGCCGCCGCUCCCACCGCUCCCGACACGGAGACCCCUCCGCCGGCGCUGCCGGGGCCGGAGGGAUCCGUUCAGAGGGAACCCGAGCCGGAGCAGGAAAAUACAUUUCUCCAGAGCGUCCUCCGGCUGCUGGCCGUCACGCUGUGCCUACUGCUGGCGUUGCUUCUUCUGCUGGUGGUCUUGGCCGAGUCUGACCUGGAGUUGGCCUUUCUGAGGGACAUCCGGCUCACCCCCGAGUUCCAGCAGUUCCAUUAUCAGUACUUCUGUCCCCUGCGACGGUGGGUGUCCUGCAAACUACACCCCAUCAUCCGCCUCAUCGGCUCCUGAUCUCAUAGAGAUCGCACCCAGUGACCCUAAAGUGUACGUGAGGAGCGAUGUCUUCCAGUGUCCUUCCUUUCUCACACUUGUCUUGUCUAUCCAACCCUUUCCCGGUUCAAAG